AUGAUGCCAUUACAAAGAAAAGUGAGUGAGGCUCAAGGAUUCCAAGUUGAAACAAGCGAGGAUGCUGGGAUUUCAUUGAAACAGAGCCAUGAGCUUAUGGGAAAGGAGGCUGGUGGGAUGGAAAAUGUGGGAUAUACUCGGGAAGACCUGAAACGAUAUCUUCGUACUCGACGGGAAAGGAGUUUGAAAUAUGGAGAAGCAGGAAUGUUAAUUGAUUACAACUUUUUUGGAGACGUAGUCACAUUCGACACAACCUACAAAAUAAAUAAAGAAUACCGCCCACUUGGAGUGUUUGUAUUUGGUACAUUUCUAAAAGUAAUGUGCGGAAAGCGUCCAAAUACCAUAUUAACCGAUCAAGAUCACGCCAUGGCAGCCGCUCUUUCAGUUGUCAUGCCAGAAACAUUUCACGGUCUAUGUACGUUUCACAUAAGGCGUAAUUUUAUGAAACAUCUUGGCAAUCAUUACAAGAAAAAUAGUGAUAUUCCAUACAUGUUUGGUGCCUGGAUGUAUGAGUUUGAAGAAGUGGAACAGUUCAAUAGGGUGUGGGAGGCGAUGUUCUUUAGACAUUUCAAUCGAGUGAUUGAUGAUAAGAGACAUAAUGAACUCAUCGCAGAAUAUGAAAUGAGGCAAAAGCACCCUAUGGUUGGGUUGAGGCAAACACCUGUGCUUGUACAUGCAGCAGAGACGUAUUCACCCACCGUAUUUGUUGCAUUCCAAAAUGAAUAUGGCGAGUCAACAGCUAUGGUUAUAUUGAGACAACAAGAUGCAGGGAUGUUUGUAGAGUUUGCGGUCAUGAGAUAUGAUGGAGGAUCUGAAAGAAUAGUGGUAUUCAAUCGGAAUGAUCUAAGUGUACAUUGUAGUUGCAAAAAAUACGAGAAUGAAGGAAAUUUGUGUGGACACUCAUUGAAGGUGUUUGAUACCGUAGGCAUAAAGACAAUUCCUCUUGAAUACGUUAAGAGACGAUGGACAAGAAGAGCUCGAGCUGGAGAUUGUUUUGAUCGGUAA